AUGUCCAUAGGAGCCCCGAAGGCAGUCGCAGCAUCAGAGUCGCAUCUUCUGUCUAACGCUCAGAUUCAGGCCGCGCUGCACCAGUCGACGCCGUUCUCGGUCACCGACAUCCUCAGCCCCGUCGACGAAGACGACGACCAUCUCGGCUCUGUGCCCCUGUCUCAGCAAGUGUCAGCCUCCAGCACCGCUACUUCCAUUUCGUUCAAGGCAUUCCGGCCACAAGCGAUUAUGAACCCAGCAUUCGACGCCAGCGCAGCUCUUAAUCCAUUUGGGCCGUACCGAAGCCAUCCCUCGCAGCCCUCAAUGGCAACGUACCCCGGCGCCCAGCAGGGUGCCAUACCUGGACCCUACCUCGGUCACUGCGCUGCAGCCGCCGCUGCCCAGAACUUUGCCUCCCAGUACAACAGCGCCGCUGAACUGCAGUCGUACGCCGCCGCAGCCGCCGCCGCCAACCAGACCGCCGCUGCCGCUUCUUGGUACGGUGCCGCCGCUGCUGGACAUGACGGCCGCUUUGGAAUUCCUCGCUUCAUGACCAGCGGAGGUGCCGGUAUGCAGAUGGGCAUGGCGGCGUUAAGUACUUGCGGGAUGAUCGACCCUGCUAAAGCGGCUGCGGCUGGACUCCAGUUUCCAAUGGUACAGCGUCGUAAACGGCGGGUGCUGUUCACACAAGCUCAGGUGUACGAAUUGGAGAGACGCUUCAAGCAGCAGAAGUACCUGUCAGCCCCGGAACGAGAGCAUCUCGCUCAGCUCAUCAACCUGACACCGACACAGGUUAAGAUCUGGUUUCAGAACCACCGCUACAAAUGCAAACGCCAGGCGAAGGAAAAGGCGAUGCAGGACGUGCACCAGCAGCAGCAGUCGGCGUCGAAAUCCUCUGACGACGAAGACCGAGAUCUUGCUUCGACGUCACCCCCCUGCCAAAGCGCCAGUCCUCUGUCAGCCGGAGCUGCCGACGGGGGCGAUUCCCCAUCCCAACGGAACGGUGGACCUCAUGUCUCGGACGACUCUCCACGGAAAGUGACUAUCCCGGUGCUGGUCAAGGACGGCAAGGCUUGUCUGGAUCAGAGUUCGCGGAUCAUUGUCACAGUGAGUAAAGUUCUGAUAUACCUCGUUGUCGUCGUCGUGUCGUGUCGUGUCGUCAUUUCCCACCGUAAGCCGUCGUUGUCACGGCAGACAGUGCGUCGCCGCUGUGCUCGUCUUGUUUCGCACGUGUCGCGUACGACACCGGCCACAAUAGAGUCCGGUCAUUUCGCUUGA